AUGUCUGACCUCGACGCCGACCUCUACGCUGACUUGUACGGAAAUGACGAUGGAGACGUCUCUGGUGCCGCAGGACCUGUAAAAGAGGAGCCGAAGGACAUUGCGCCUUCUACACUGACUGGCGAGCCCCCGAUAUCGGUCAAAACAGAAGCCACAGAGCCACCAGAGAAAAGCCAUACGCCGAAAGUUGAGGAUGCAUCGCCUGUCGCGUUAACAAACGCGCCCGCUGCCGCUCCAAUAUCUACUUCCACACAACCAGCGCCUUCCACACCCCAACAUAUUGCCACAUACACCCACGAUGAAAAACCUCAAAUUGUGCAACCGAUGCAACACAUCCAAACAUACGAGGACUCGAAUGGAGAUGAGUUUCGUGAACCGGUUUUUCCUGCGACUUCGAACGGAGGAAAUCUCCAGCAGAUGGGUGCUCAGCAACGGUCCAUUAGGCCGUCAGAAAUGAAGGAUGAAGGGUGA